AGGGGCGAGGCCCUGGGAAGCAGUGGAGCAGCCAUGGCGGAGGCAGAGGCUGUGACUGACGACCUGGACGCCCUUAUCGACGACCUGGACUACCUCCCGGGUCACUUCCACUUGGAAAUGCAGCUGAACUUCGAGCCGCGCUCGCCGGCCCCGCUGCGCGCCCGGGACCUGAAGCUGCAGCGGGAAGGCCUGCGGCAGGAGCUCCAGUUGGCGGCCGCCGCGCAGCGCCCCGCCGUGCGUCACCUCCUGGGCGCCUUCGCCUUCUACCUGGAGGAGCUGGACGAGGCCCGCGAGUGCUUCCUCGAGGUGGCCCGCGAGGACCCGGGCAACCUCAACGCCUGGGCCAAUCUGGCGCACGUGUAUGGGCGACUAGGCCAGGAGGAAGAGGAGGAGGCAUGCGCUGCGAGGCUGGCCAGCCUCAUGGGCCUGGCUGCGGACCCCGACGUCGCCAGAGACCCCCAGCUCCACGCCGCGCGCUGCCUGGCAGAGCAGGGCUACGCCCAUGGCUGGGGCGGGGCCAGCCCGGAGGAGCGAGCGCGAGUGCUGGCGGCGGGCAUCGCGCUCUACGACAAGGCGCUGGGCUACGGGCAGCAGAUCCCCACGGAGGAGAAGAGGGGCUGGUACUUCACCAUGGCAACGCUCUUCAUCAGGCUAGAUGGCAUCUUUCUGGAGCUGGGCACUGAGGAGCAGAAGAGGCUGCCUGCCUUCAACCGCACGCUGGCCCUGCUCCGGCAAGUCCUCAAGUCCGCAGACCCUGGCCACCGAGCUCUGGCCUGGUGCUACCUUGGAAUGCUGCUGGAGAGGAAGGACACCUUCUCCACCACCCCCAUGGGCGUCCACGACUGCGGGUACUCAGGGACCGACCCCCUGGACUGCUUCGGCAAGCGAUUGCCAAUGCUCAAAAACCGCUUGGCCAAAAUCUUCCACUUCCUGGGAAAGCAGGAUAUGGCCAUUGGAACCUGUAACAUGGCCCUCGAUGUCCUGCGAGAUCCAGAGCUCAACAGGGAGGCAUACUGCACAAGGGCCAAGAUUCACAUCAGAGCCUACCUUCAUGACCUGGAGCGGGCCAAGAUGGGGCUCGGGGGCAUGCCUGAUAGGAACCACCUGGCCUGUGCCAGGGCUGACCUCGAGGAAGUGAUCAAGGUGUGCCCUGGCCUGAAGACCUACCUGGACAUCAGCCAGGUCUAUUACUACAUGGGCGUGGACGCGGUGCAGGAGCUGCUGGCGGUGGACGAGGCGGCGCUGAACCAGGCGCUGGUCUUCCUGGCCAAGGCCGGCGAGUCCGAGCUGGGCGCCAUGCUGCCGGAGCUGCAGCUGCUACGCGGCAAGUGCCUGCGGAUCAAGGGCGAGGAGGCCAACGCGGCAGCCUGCUUCAAGCGCGCGGUGGAGCUGGACGACGCGGGCUCCAGCCACACCGAGGGCUUCGGCUGCCUGCUCGAGGCGCUGCUGGCACAGUGGAGCCAGGCACAGCUGAGCGACGGCGAGCUGGUGGGCGAGGUGGACACCUGGCUGCGCCGGGCACAGGGCAAGUACCCCGCGGCGCGCCUGCGCCAGGAGCUGCAGCGUGUGUGGCGCGGCCACACGGACGAGGUGCUGGGGCUGGCCCGGGCCUUGGUGGCUCAGGGACGGCCCGCGCUGGUGCGGCUUCUCUUUGAGACCAUGGAGCAAGAAGGUGAGGGUGCGCCAAGGGGUCGCAGGGCGUUUUCUUUCUGAGGCCGCCGUACCCAGGUCUGAGGCCACCAGACACCCGGCUAAGCCCCGCCCACUUAGGUUGGGUGGCCGGAGCCAAUCAAAUUCUUUUUCGGGAAUUGUGAAUGGGGCAUUGAAGCACUAGGACAGUUUCAAGGGCAGCAGGCCUGACUCAGGAGGGCAAAGACAUUGGGACCAGACCUAAGAGGCCACCGGGAAACUGCCACAUGGGGGGACAGAAUAUUACAGACAUGCAGAGAAAAUAGGGUGGUGCGAUGGUUUCUUCUGAGAGAAACAGAAGGGAGUGGCCCUGGGCGUGGCCCUUUUCUCAUCCCUGCUCGGUCUCUGAAGCCUGAGUGCCUGUCUGUGGAUCCUCCUGAGCCACCUGGUGGCCUUGUAGUAAUGCCCCUUUAUGCCAGGUGGCUGGAGGGGACCUCGGGUCCUGCAACCUGGAAAGGCGAGCUUGUACACUGAGUCAGUUUCCCCGCAGGGUUCGGCUUAACUAAACCGGGGUGCUCAGGCUCGGCCCCACCUCUGCACCCGUUUUCCAGCAGGCCUCAUCCUGGGUCAGCUUGGACCGAAGGCCUCCCAAACUCUCUGACCUAAAGGCCAGAUACAGAACCUUUAUUGGACUCCCCUGUUCUCAAGGAACCUACAGAUCCCCUCUGUUAAGGAAAUGCCACUUGCCCCCACUCUUGAACAUUCCACAAGAGGAUGAAGAAAAUCUUGGAAUUGACACUCUCAGCGUCAUACCCAUAGUCUUAGGUGUGGAGUUUUUGUCAAAGGUGUAAUCUCUGGUUGCCACCAAACCUUCGAAUGAGUGGGCUGGGGUCUAUAGCCUCACACAUCAGGGCUUACUUGACCCCCAAAUACCAGAUUCCUUCUUGCCAGACUCCAGGAAUGCUGGCUAUGCAGAAUUGCUACAGCAACCUCCCAUGAUAGUUUGCAAUUUCCUCUUUUUUUGAGAGAGAGAUUUUUGCAAUAGAGUACAUGCACUUGCCAGAAAAUCAGAGAGAGACAGA